AUGGUACCAAAACUUUAUAUUGUCAUCUAUACUCUCUACCAUCAUAUUCACAAGUUGGCUGUUGAGGUUCAACGUGGUCUUGAAAGCUCAGGUGUCAAUGUCAAGAUCUUCCAAGUGCAAGAGACUUUACCAGAGGAAGUUCUUCAAAAGAUGCACGCCCCUCCCAAGCUUGAUUUACCAAUCAUCACAGUAGAUCAAUUAACAGAAGCUGAUGGUAUCAUCUUUGGUAUCCCCACACGAUUUGGUACUAUGCCCGCUCAAUUAAAAGCCUUCUUGGAUGCCACUGGUAAACUCUGGGCUACAGGUGCACUUGCUGGUAAAUUUGCCGGUACUUUCUUCUGUACUGCCUCUCAACACGGUGGUCAAGAAACGACCGCGCUUACCACCGUGACUUAUUUUGCGCAUCAUGGCAUGAUUUAUGUUCCUUUUGGUUUCGCAAGUGCUCAUUUGUUUGAUAAUUCCGAAGUCGUGGGUGGUUCUGCUUAUGGUGCUGGUACAAUUGCCAAUGGAGAUGGGUCUCGUCAACCUUCUCAAAAGGAAUUGGAAAUCGCUGCUACUCAAGGUGAAAACUUUGGUAAAGUCGUGUCUACCUACUAUAAGGGAAAAUCUACCAUCUAA